CAAAGGGCCCCUCUGGUCUCUGUCUAGCUGCGUCUCGACUUCUCGACUUUUAUACGAAAUAGUAGCAUUGACAUCUGAUACGAAGCUCCCCCGCUCUCAAGGUUGCGGUCCAUUUCGUGUUUGUUCAGGAGAAACAAACAUGGAGAGGACACUCACUGGUCGAGACGCGACAGCAGCCAGACAUGCUCUCAGCAUGGAGCAAAGCUUGAAAGAGCUACAAGAUAAAAUCGAGGAGUACAAACAGGAGCUUGCGACUUUGCAACGCGAAGCAAAGCCUUGCAGCCCGGAGUUCUCCACAUCCAAGCGAGCUCCGUUCGAGGUGAUGAAGGCGGCCUUUGAAAGCGUGUCUCAGGAGGCGCCCUUUAUGCCUUCUGCCACCUCUGUACUACCAGCGCUGUUGGCUCUACGCAAGACACACCAGACCAUCGUCGAGACUAGGACGUACCUUGGAACCCAGACGACUUCCAUCGACAAAAUCAAGAGGCAGCUCGAAGCUGAGGCAACCAGUCUGAAAGAACAGCAGCUACUUACAACCAGCUUGGAGAACCGUAUCCAGCGGCUGAAGGACAACCUCAACGUCCAGAUGGAAAUGGAGCCAGAACAGGUAGCUCGGGAGAGAGUCAACGAGCUGAAGGAGAAGAAGAAGCACUACGACCGGGAAAGAAUCAUGCUUUUUAAGGGUCUCAACAAGUUCAUUGACGACCAUCUGGCGGCGCAGCUCGCGGCGGAGGUUCUCGGUGGCCCUGUUGUGGGUGAUAUGAUGGACAUCGACUCGGACGACCUCGCCGCCGGGUUCACGAGCCAUGGGCGUCCGAAGAAGGCCAAGAAAGCAAGGGGCGAAGACGAAGGCGGGUUGAGGCAGCGGCGGCUCGAGGAGGUCUGGGGCCCCGCUGUAGUUGAGCCCGGGCCCCGGGGCCAUCCUGCGGACGAGACUGCGGCCGCCGGACAAGAACUGCGUGAAUUGACAGAGGAGCUGCUCAACAGAUUGGUUGAGUCGGGAGGCGAUAGCUCCGCUGCAUACGUCCGGUUACCAAAGGAGACGGCAGCCGCACGGUUUUUGGUUCGGUCCAAAGUUGCACAGUUCCAUCCUAGGGAUGCAACGCGGAUCAAGCUGAUCGAUUUUGGCAAGGAACUGGAUGAUUAAGGAAAUGUAUUUCUUUCACAAUACUUAACCCGAAGAAUAGGAACAAACCACGUUGACAAAUGUCUUCUUCCACCAA